GCCAUCGCCGGAAGGGGCGGGCGGCGCGGCGGAACCGGCGAUGCUGCUCUUCUGCCCGGCCUGCGGGAACGUGCUGGUGGCCGAGGAGGGGCCGCGCUGCCACCGCUUCGCCUGCACCACCUGUCCCUACGUGCGCAAUGUCACGCGGAAGGUGACGAGCAGGAAGUACCCGCGGCUGAAGGAGGUGGACGAUGUGCUGGGCGGCGCCGCGGCCUGGGAGAACGUGGACUCCACGGCAGAGCCGUGCCCCAAGUGCGAGCACCCCCGCGCCUACUUCAUGCAGAUCCAGACGCGCUCGGCCGACGAGCCCAUGACCACCUUCUACAAGUGCUGCAACCCGCAGUGCGGGCACCGCUGGCGGGACUAAGGGGUAAUGGGAUCGCAGUUAUUGCUGCUCCUGCAAUAAACGCGGCACUGCGGGCAA